CAAACACAGACUUGUAAGCCUCACAGCCUCUGAGCUAUUGGAAUCCCCCCCUCAGAUCAAAGACAAUUCAAAAGGAGGAGGCUGCCGCGUGCUCCCCCCUCCUUCUCGUCGCCCACAUCCCGACUCUUCAUCCGCCACAUUUCCCCCUCAGCAUUAGACUUUAGAGUUCCCAACCCUGGGAGACCUUUCACCCUUGUACCUUUCUGCUUACAUACAUAUUCAUACCAUCGUCCUUACUUUGCGUACCUCCAUCAAUGGAAGGAUUCGAUCUAGAGAUCUUUGGUGGCAUUGUCCCCAUGCAUGACUUUGACAUGCCCUUGUGCAAUGAGGAUAUAUCAUCCUUCUCUUGCACGGCAUCAGAUACCACCGAAUCUCUGUCAGACAGAUCAGCAUCACCGUCAUUGGAGCCUAGCUCUCCAACAUCUGCGCCUGUUACCGAUGACAAGGCUGAGAAGGAAACCCUCCUUCGUUUCGAUACCCUCACAGAGACAAUCAAGGAAGAAGAACCUGCCACUGGCAUUUUCGUCGACAAUAUGAUUGAGCUCGGCUACGGCAAGGUCGAUACCCAAUUAUGGGGCAUGAGCUACGCCGAACCCACUGGCGCCGCGUACUUUGAGCCCUAUGGGCUGUUGACACCCGUCCUUGAAAAAACAGUGCCCUUUUUUGCGGACCAGAUCCAGCAGUACCAAGUUGUCGAAUACGAUUACCUCCCCACUCCCACAGACGAGAGGAGCAUGUCUUUCAGCUCGGCUUCCUCUGGUUGUUGCUCAGAACCAGAAAUGUCAUCGCCGGUUAUGCAACCACGACAACUUCAGACACCGCCUCCGUCCCCUUCUUCUGGAAAGGCUACCCUUAAGCCAGAAGACGACGAAGAAGUAGCAUUGGAUGAGAGUGUUGUUACCACUGAGGCAACAGCAACUGUCGCAGCCCCCAAAUCGGCUGGCAAGUCCAAGGGACUUCGUGGUAUCCCCUCUGAUCAGUUUUUCGUCAUGGAAAACGCUUUCACACCGUCUCGCCCUCAAAACUUUCGCCAACAACAGCACUUUUCCCACCCAAACGUGACACCUCAUUACCACCCUUACCAACCUGCAAGCAACGCCCGCGCUGUAGCUUACCGUCCGGCGCCAAUUACCAUCUCCCCAACCGCUACCUACGCAUCAACGGCCGCCCCGGCCCAUUCCACCUUGUCACCAAAACCAUCUUCUCCCACCGACGCUUCCACCCCAACAACUCCCCUUUCCGCUCCUGCCCUCCCCACAACCAUCGCCCCUGUGCGCUCCUCCAGCAACCGCUCCACAGCUUCUCCCCACCCCAAACCCUUCCACUGCGAAAUGUGCCCAGCAUCCUUUUCCCGCAAGCAUGACCUGAAACGCCACACUAGAAUUCAUCUUGGGAUUCGUCCCUUCAAGUGCGAUGCCUGCGGCAAGGUAUUCUCCCGGCACGACGCCCUAAAUAGACAUGUCAUCAAAUGGGGAUGCAACAAGAAGCUGGAAGCAAUGGCAGUUGCCGCUGCAGCUGCAGCCGCCGCCGCCGCAAAUGGAGGAUCACCCUUUGUCGUCUCGCAAGAGAUGGUCAACAUGGGAUACGGCAUGAGCAUGGGAGUUGUCCCUCACCAAGGGAUGGAUGCCUAUGGUUUGGGAUUGUCCUACUAGACUAGAGAAAGAAAGUAACUUUCUUUUUUAUAAAUUAUGCACAGAGUUGACAAGUGUACAUAGAGUUUUCCUGAUGGACGGGGGUUGGCUGGCUUAUCCUUUCGUUCCUGCACACUAUUUAGAUAUAUAGAGUUAUGGGGUUGGGUCGCAAAAUGUGCUGUAUCAUAUAGAGCGAGACUGAUUUGUGAGAUAGAUACUAGAUCUGGCCUGCGUUUAGAAAAGAGAUUAACAUACGAGACUAUUGAACAUUGUAUUUCCUUGUGCCCUCAUCUGUUUUUUAUUCUGCUUGUUGUCCAGCUAGCAACUUGGUACAAAUAAAGUUUCAAC